CUGACAAUAUUCAGAGUGAAAAGAAGAGCAAAAAAACAAGGAACUUUUGACAAAUAUUAAAAGCCCUGGUAAAAAUUGUAAACCGCUUCUCGUAGGGCGUAACAGUGCCCCUAAAAAGCAUAAAAGGAAUCGCAAAACUAAGCUAAAACAAUGAGUGCGUCGAGUGAAGGCGGCGCGGGAGGAGGUCCGGUGGGCGGCGGAAGUACAGCUACAGCGCCAUCAGCCCCUCUGAAAACAAUUAAGAUACGCACACAACAACUGCAUCGCCAUGCACUGCCAUCGUUGUCAAUGCUGCCAUCCUUAUAUCCAUCAUCAUCAUCAUUGGCAGCAACUGGAUCUUUAUCCGCCUCAGCAUCUGCAUCCGCAUCCGCAUCCCUGGUAUCGCAAUCACAUCCGCCCCUGCAGCUGCGCGGCGUCAUAAACAAGUACUCAUUGCCAUCCCAUUUGCCAUCCUCUGCAGCGCACCCGGCGGUGGCCGCCAAGAUCACCCAUGUGAAAUCCGACGGCGGCGGUGGGAUAUCUAUUUCGGGCACACCGAUCCUUAGUGGAGGCACAAUCAAAGUGGCAGCAGCCAAUUCAGUUCAGCAAAGUUCCCUGGGAGGCACGCCGAUUGCUUUAAAUGCAGGACAGGCGACAACGGCUGCUUCGAUACGGGCCAUCGGAGCCGGUGGUCAGUCCACACAAGUCCGGGUGGUGAUGCCCAUGAUUAAGCAGCUGGAGAAUGUCACGGCCACAGGAAGGACUCAAAUUACGGCCAUACCAGCUGCUCCAGCGAGGAGUGGGGCAAAUGCUUCAAUAACGGUCACCAGGCCCGUAACACAAGCCACGUAUCUGCCCCGAGCCAGUGUGACGGCCACUCAAAUAGGAGGCGUUGGCGUUGGUGUAGGACAGCGCCUCGUGACGCCUUUGAGGGCCACAUCCUCUGCUACUGUGACGCCCACUGCACCCACAGUGCUCAGCUCAACUGGUGGAUUUGUUCGCGGAGCAACUGCUUCGGUGAGUAGGAGUGGAGUGGCGCUCUCAUCACAACCACCAUCGGCGGUGAUAUCGUCCAGCAAUAGUGCUGCUUGGAUGCAGAGUUCCACGGGACAGGUACAACUGAUCCGUGCAAUUCAUCAGCCACGCCAAAGGAUAAUAACGACAUCCGCGGGGGUAUCUAAUGCCAAUGUGGUGACUACAACGCCAGUACAGGCGCCAACAGCUCUAUCAGUUACGGCUGGACAGACCUUGACACCACAACAGGCUGCAGGACCAGGAGGUCCUCAGGCUUAUGUGGCCACUGUUUUGCCACAAAGGCAGCAUCAGGCCACCCUAGUUUACUCUUCCAAUGUGUCUACAUCUAAUGCCAGCCAGAAUCCGGGCCAACAAUUUAAUCCACGUUUCGCUGUGGCCACGCCCACUGGUGGAGUUACAACGACGACUCCCGGUGGAACUACAGUAACACCCCGACAGAUGCGACCCAUCCCACUGGGCAAGAGUUUUCCAGCUGGCAAACUGAACACCACGAGCAUAAGUAUUAGAGCUCCAAGCAUCCCUCAGCUCAAUACCAGUGUUACGGCCUCACCAACGGCUGUUAGUGUAUCUGGAGGAGCAACAGUGGCGCCCGGGCGGGGUCCCGGUGCUGGAGGAACUGCCCUGACGGCCACUAAUCUGCCCACCACUCGGAUCAUUCAACUGCAACAGCCUGCAACGGGAACGACGCAGCAGAUCAUCGGAUCGGGUGCACGUCUUGCGGGAAAUGUAAUGCUGCAGCCAUUCUUGAUGAGCACCACCGCGGCGGCUAAGAUGGGCAUUCGACCACCGGUCACAAUGACCGCCAAAGCACAGCCAUCGUUAACUAUAACUCAGCUAAAUCCCAUUGGAAAAUUGUCCACCGCCGGAGGAACCACAGGACCCACAAUGACACCACAGGGUGUGGCCAGCAUUCAGGCGGUACCAGUACCGAAUGUCUCGGCCAGUGUGGUCAAUCCAAGUUCAGUAGCGGGUGCAACAUCAGCGGCCGGAGGAGCUACUGUUCUACCAUUAACCAUUAGUGGUAGAGGAGCAGGAGUGGGACCCGGUGGUAAUAUCCUUACUGGAACUCUAACGCCCAUUAAGAAUGCAAGUGGUAUAACCUUGGGCAAAAUGAUGAUGACUCCAGCCUCAGCCGCGCCCGGAGCAGACGGCUCCGGCACUAGUGGACCAACAGUGACAGGCUUCCAACGCGCAUGGAAUCCAGUGGUGGCUUCACAGAGCCAGUUGAUGAAGAUCGAUGAGAAGGGAAGUGCUGCCACGAUUUACUACGACUCCAUGCCGGCCUCCGCCUCUACGGGCGUUCUGUCAUUGACCACGACAACUGUGACGCAGAGCACCCAAGCGCAGGCACAAUUGGUUAGCAGCGCCGGUGGUACUAGUUUGUCUGUGUCUUCGUUGCCUUUUGCCAGCCAUGCGCCAACUGGAGCAGCUGGAGCCGGUUCGCAGGCUACAUUCACUGUUUUGCCCUCGGGUGCUGCAGGAACGACAACACGGACCAUUGGCCACCAUCAAUUGAUAAUACCAGCAGGACCCAACAGUGCACCCCCGCAGCACAUGGUUAUACCAUUGCAUACAUCAGUGAAGGUAACAACAGGCGCAGGGAAUCCGCAGCAAGCGGCAGGAAGUGCAGCACUGGUGUCCAACUUUAUGCGCAAGCGGGAUGCGGAUGGUUCUCCUAUCCGUGCGGCCAAAAAUUUGGGACCCACCUUACUGUCAAUGGCUAGCAAUACCAGUGGUCAAAAUAUGCCUCCAGCUCCGGGCACUACUUUUAAUAUUCAGCCUGUGUCCGUGUCGGUGCCUCCAUCUGUUAGCUCCGGACUGACUGUAGAAGCGUUGGCCAAGAAAGAACGAGAGCGUAUCGCCCAUGUGGUAGGAAGUAAUGCAUCUAGCGUGCCUGCCUCAAUAGGUCCUAUUUCCACAACGAGAAAUUCGCGGGCGGACUCGCCAGCUUCGUCGGACGGCUCAACGACGGUGUCGGCAAAUUCCUCACCUGGUGUGGAUCAGCAAUUGCAGGAUAGGAUCGGUGAUCCGCCAUCCACAGGAGGGCCUGGUGGACGUGAUAAUUCUACGCAUUUUAAUCCUAUCAACGAGUUGUACUCUUCGCACCAAUCGAUGCAACAGAACACUGGCCACUCCUCACUUGGAGCCCGCAGUGGGUCCAGUGCCUUUGUGGACGUGCAAACGCCGACGCCACAGCAACAGCAACCUCAUCAGCAACCGCCUCAUUUGGUGGGAUCAACGCAACUGCAGACGGGAGCUCGUAUGAAUGGCACUGGUAAUAGCUCAAGCUCCAGCUACGAUUGCUCCUCUAGGAAAAAGCCACGUCGAUCAACCAAUGACAGCCAGCAAUCCACGCAGAGUCAGGCAUCUUUAUCGCUACCUCCUCCUAGUGCAGAACCAACGCCGCCGGCUGGCGCAUCCUACAUACAGAAACACAACAAUGGAGGUCUACUGGUGACAGCGGCGGCUCCGGGAGUUGCCCCAAAUAGUGUGCCGGGUGACGCCAGCCAUCGGAACAACAGUACACCUGCUGUGGCAGGCAACAAGGAAAACGCAAAUCCUGUGGACUUCGUAAUCCGUCGUUUACGCAAUUGUGCGUUGCUUAAUACCUAUAAACCCACGCAUAAGUUGGCCAAUAACCAUUUCCAUCGGUAUACGGAUGUGAAGCCAAGGGAAGAGCGUCGGGCCACAGUUAUUGAUUUAGCCAAUCAGCCAAAUGUCCAGGGAAAAAUUAAUGGAUGGAAAAUAUAUCAUUUGCGCUCUCAAAUGGAGGACUUGAAUGAAUCCGAGAUUGUAAGUAUGGGCAGGCUGGAGACCAUGCUGCAAGAUCUUGAGAAGGACAAGGAAAAGAACAGUGAAAUGGAGCGCGUCACUGAGUUGUUAAAGGGCAAUAUUCAGCGUAGCAAGAUAAUUACCGAUGGCAUUAACGAGGCGCAGAAUCAGUUAAUGAAGAUCUUUGAGCACAAGCCACACGUCUCGGACAUAAUUACACGAUGUGCUUCUAAGCGAAAUUUUAAGAAGCGUGAAAAGAUUUAAAAUUUGUUGACAGAAGCCCAGCCAAGUGUAUUGAUAAAGUGUACAUUUUCUAGUUUAAGAAAUCAGAAUAGAUUUAAGCUUAUUGUACCCUAAACGCGAUCGAUUUGUAAGACGUAAAUUUACGAUGAAAACCAGCAAUAUUUUUUCAUUUUCGUAAGCCAGAAACAAAAAUACAAAGAACAUAAGUUGUA